GUUUUACUUACCACCCGCAUUAUUUACCAUGUCCAGAAGUGAGAUAAAAUUGUUCCUUGAAGUUCUUGAGUCUAUAAUGGUCCCCGAUGGCUAUUGUGGAAAUAUAUCUAAAUGUGCGAAGUCUGCUGAAGGAAAAAUUUCUGGGCUAAAGACACAUGACUGCCAUGUCCUGCUGCAGCAAUUCAUGCCUAUAGCAUUGACGGGUAUUCUUCCAGACCAUGUCACAACAGUACUAUUUGAAUUAUCUGUUUACUUCCGAGGAAUAUGUUCAAAAGUUCUCCAUGUAAAUGAGCUUGACCGUUUGGAAGAAUCAAUUAGAACCACACUUUGUAAAAUGGAGAUGAUAUUCCCUCUUGGGUUUUUCACAGUCAUGGUUCAUUUAGUUGUCCAUUUAGCAACUGAAUGUAAACUUGCUGGACCAGUUUGCUAUCGAUGGGUGUACUUUAUUGAAAGGUACCUUGGUAAAUUAAAGUCAUAUGUUCGCAACAAAGCUCGCCCUGAGGGUUCAAUUGCUGAAUCAUAUUUGGCGGAUGAGUGUAUGGCCUUUUGUUCAAGAUACUUAGAGGGUUUCUCUACUAAGCACAACCAACCAUCAAGGAAUAAUGACAAACCAAAUGAGAAUGAAUCUGCCAUGUAUGCAAAUGAAUCCACAUUAUUUCCUCCAGUAGGGAAUCCAUUGGGAAAACCACGCACCUACACCUUGAAUGAUAUGGAGUCCUUACAAGCCCAUAGAUUUGUGCUCUACAACUGUGAUGUUGUCACUCCAUAUCUCAUAGCACAUGGUGCUGAACUAAAAAGGAAAAACCGCAACAAGCGCCUAGCACUAAAAACCAUUGAGCGCAUGCAGCAUGCAAACUUCCCCGAUUGGUUUAGAGAUCAUGUAAUGCAGCUAGAGCAGCAAAGGGGUACUGACAGCAUUGAUGAUGAUAUUAGAUGGUUGGCUCGUGGUCCAAUUGAGGUUGCACGAAGAUACAUAGGCUUCUGUACCCGUGGAUAUAGAUUUAGACCCAAGCGUUAUGAUAAGAAGACUCAAAACAGUGGAGUUGUAUUGACCGCAAAAACAUCAAGUUAUGCUUCUGCAGGUGAUACUAACCCUAUACUUGGAGAUGUCAUGUACUAUGGGAAGAUACUUGACAUAAUUGAGUUGGAUUAUUACAGAAAAUUUUCGGUGGUGCUAUUCAAAUGUGAAUGGCUUAAUAGUACUAAAGAAGAAGAAGUAAAAAAAGGAUAGAUUUGGUCGUAUGCUUGUGAAUUUUUCACAAGUCCAUAGUGGUGACAAGAUAGAGGAUGAGCCUUUUGUAUUUGCCAAUCAAGUUGACCAAGUUUUCUAUACGAAAGACCAUACAAAUCCUGGAUGGUCAUUUGUGACGAAGGUGACUCCUCGAGACAAUUUUGACAUGGGUGAAGAAUGGAAUGAUAUAGAAAGUGAACCUUAUCAUGUCAGUAAUCUGGGUGAGCUUUUUAAUACUGCGCAUGGGAAUGAAAUGUGGACUAGAAGAGAUAUAGAAGGCACAACUGUAGAUCCUAUUACAAGUUCUGAUCCUGAAGCUUCGGAACUAAAUGAAAGCUGACGCUGCGGUGAAGUUAUUUUGAGAGUAAUGCCAAUGUUGCUGAACAAUCAUUGAAAGGAGAUGCCGUUGAAACGUCAUCGUCGAAGCAUGUUCUUGAACUUCAAUCUAUCAGAUACAAGUAGCCAAGGAAAUACCUCAGUUUGUUAGCACACCUACUUGUCCAAGUCCAGAUGAGGGGCAUGCAUCCUUUUUAGUAUUUACCACCAUUUCUGCUACCUGUUAAGGUUCACUGCCCCAUGUAAAUUUCUCCUUGUUCGGUUACAGUUAGGAUUCAGUGGUAAGUUAUCAGA